GUUUAUUUCUGUUGAUUCCACCGUCGCUGAUGAACAAUACGCUGGACUGUGCUAUCAGGGACGUUGCACCUGAUCUUUCUGGCGCGAUACCGGCUGAGUUGAAACAACUAACAUCAAGGUUGUAUGCAUCCUCGAGACAGAAGAUUCCCUUAAGACAACAGCAGGAACUCGCAAGGCAUCAUCUGUGUGCGAUCGUUGCGGUGACAAAGCUGUCAAGUAGGUUGAAUCUGACGCCUGCGUCUGUUUCAAACGUUCCCCUGCCUCCGAAACUGAUCAAUGAACUUGUAACGACCUUCAUGACGAAACUGGACGGGCUGGGCAGUUCUUCGAAUACGCCCAUAAGUACUCCUUCAAAGGCCAGAAUUGUUGAUUUGGAUACAGCUACAACACCAAUGUUACAGUCACCUUCGCUUCGAGCAUCCCAACUUGCGGAUCAGAGUCCCACGCCGACUCCAACCACGACUCCAUCGCCUGUUAAAAGAGGAAAAGGCCGUCCUCCAGGAUCCAAGAAUAAAAGUAAAUUCAUGAAGAACCUUGAAAAGAGAAUGCCCUCGCUGUUACAGAGCGAUCCAGGCUCGCCAUCUACAACGUCAAAGGUUACCGAGUCUUUGAGGGACGUUGCCGGAACGUCCAUUGACACGGAGAGACACCUCUUGCUACUGACAACAAGAGAAAUCGUUGUUCUGUGCAAUAAAUUCCAAUUGGACUCCACUCUGGCAAAUAACGUACUGGAAACAUAUCACAAGUACUGCUAUAAAGUUGCCAACGAAUGGAUCCUGAUCUGUGGCCUCAUACUGAACUGCUAUCUCGUUGUUAACAACAAGCUGCUGGCUGCGGUGGUGGGCUCAAAGACCAACGCCAUCAAGACAAUGUUCAACUUGCAAAAAGGAGGGCUCAUGCUGAGUGAUGUCAAGCAAAGCAUCGAAAUAACAAGGCCCCUGGUGGACCAUCUGCGAUGGUUCAAAUGCUUAAAGAAGGAGCAUGAUGCGCAUGACACCAGCUCCAUCAACAUCGGUGGUAACAUGCUUCACAACUACAAGUUCAGCUCAGAAGAACUACUUCAUGAUCAAGAGGAAUGGCUCAAUCACAUACUCAAUAGCGCUUAGUUAAUAUGGAAUAAAACAUCAACGAUU